UCUCUCCCACUAGUCUCUAUUCUUGCGGUAGUGAGGUUAUAAACACAUCAUUUAAACGAAAUAAAUAAAAAUAUAAAAUAUAUGUACGCACGACGCAAUGGAAGUAGAUUUACAUCUAUUUGAAAAGAAGAGAAUUAAAAAAAUAGACAGAUAUCUACAUAAAUAAUAAAAAAAAUAAUUUCUGUUUAAAAAGAGAAAAGAGGGACAGAAAUCUAUUAAAGAAUAGGAAAAGUAAAGAAACGAACAGAGAGAAAGAAAGAAAAAAAGACUGAAAUCACUGUUACUUGUUUUACAAUUGUAUUUCUUUUAUUAUUGUAUUUAUAUAUUUAUAUUAACACAGUAAUUUAUGUUAAACAAUAAACAUAAUGACUACUGACAUAGUAGCCAUGUUAAAGGAACCGCAAAUGACGAAAAUAUGCGCUCCAAUGGUUAGAUAUAGCAAGUUACAAUUCAGAACACUUGUAAGACGUUAUGCAUGUGAUAUAUGUUUUACACCUAUGAUCAUGGCAAAUUCAUUUGUACAAUCUUCAAAAGCUAGAGAAAAUGAAUUUACUACAUAUAAAGAAGACAAACCAUUAAUUGUUCAAUUUGCAGCCAAUACUGUAAAUGAUUUCAUUAGUGCUACAGAAAUGAUUGCACCAUACAGCAAUGGUGUAGAUUUGAAUUGUGGCUGUCCUCAACGUUGGGCAAUAAAAGAUGGAUAUGGAGCUGAUUUAUUAAGGAAACCAGAAUUAGUAAGCGAUUUAAUAUAUCAAGUCAGAAAUCGUAUUCCAAAACCAUUCACUGUAUCUGUAAAAAUACGAUUGUUAAAAGACAUAUGCAAAACAAUAAUGUUAUGUCAAACUUUGGAAAAAGCUGGUGCUUCAUUUUUAACAAUCCAUGCAAGGACUCCUGAGAUGCGUAAUGAACCAAUCGAAUUAGACAAUCUUAAGCUUCUUAGAGAUUGUGUACAGUUGCCAUUUAUCGCAAAUGGUGAUGUAAAAGAUUUAGAAAGUGCAGAAGUUUUAUUCAGAGAAUCAAGAUGUGAAGGGGUAAUGUCUGCUAGAGGCAUUCUAACUAAUCCAGCGUUAUUUUCGGGACAUUCCACUACCCCACUUAUUUGUAUUCAAGAUUGGUUGGAUAUUGCAUCAACCAUACCAACUGAGUUUCAAUGUUUCCAUCAUCAUCUAGUAUUCAUGUUGGAAAAAGUUCUACCAAAAAAAGAUCGUGUACUAUUUAAUAACUUACAAAACAAGUUAUCUGUGUUAGAUUUUUUAGAAAAUUAUUAUAAUAUAAGACCAAAUAUGUCAUUUGAUUCAAUAGAGUUAACUAAGUGUACCUUUAAUACAUCAUACGUACAGCAAAAAGAGAAGUAUAUUCAUUUCUGGGAAGAUGAUACAUCCAGUGAUUUUUUAGGAAAUAUAUUUGAUAUAGAAUCAUAA